AUGUCUUCUCACCACACAGGCACGGGCAACCUCGUUGGUGUCCACUACCGCGUUGGCAAGAAAAUUGGUGAAGGCUCUUUUGGCUCCUUAUGGACCUUCAAAGGGACGAAUUUGCUCAACUCGACCACCGUUGCCAUCAAAUUCGAACCACGGAAGGCAGAGGCGCCUCAGCUGCGCGAUGAAUGUCGUUCCUAUCGUAUCCUAGCCGGCUGCUCCGGCAUCCCUCAAAUCUACCAUUUUGGGCAGGAAGGACUCCAUAACAUCCUCGUCAUAGAUCUUCUUGGGCCCAGUCUCGAGGACCUCUUCGAUAUGUGCGGGCGCAAGUUCUCUAUCAAAACCGUCUGCAUGGCCGCUCGGCAGAUGAUCUUGCGCGUGCAAACAAUUCAUGAGAAGAACCUUAUUUAUCGAGACAUCAAGCCCGACAACUUUUUGAUUGGUCGACCCGGUACUAAGACAUCUAAUGUCAUUCACGUUGUUGACUUUGGAAUGGCGAAGCAAUAUCGUGACCCGAAGACAAAGCAACACAUUCCUUAUCGCGAGCGAAAGAGUUUAAGUGGUACCGCACGUUACAUGAGUAUCAACACCCAUCUUGGCCGCGAGCAAUCUCGACGAGACGACCUAGAAGCUCUUGGUCAUGUCUUUAUGUAUUUCCUGCGCGGUAGUCUUCCGUGGCAAGGCCUCAAGGCCGCCACAAACAAACAGAAAUACGAGAAGAUUGGGGAGAAGAAGCAGACCACACCAAUCAAGGAGCUGUGCGAUGGGUACCCUGAGGAAUUCGGGAUAUAUCUUAACUAUGUCCGCAAACUAGGGUUUGAAGAAACACCCGACUACGACUUCCUUAGAGACUUGUUUGCCAAAGUGAUGAAAAACAACGGUGACAUGGAUGACGGUGUCUUCGACUGGAACUUGAUCAAUGGUGAGCUUUCACGUGCAACGACCGGACAUCGCUCAAACUUGGAAUAG